AUGGCCUCCAAAACAAGGAGCCAGAGAACUUUAUCUAUCGGACAUACCGAGAAGAAUGCCAUGGAAGAAGCUCUGGACGAGGGUGUUCUGCGCCUCAACAUGCGAUACCGCGAUUUUACAUUGUUUCUCGAUUUGAAAGACCAAUAUCACAAGGAAUUCCUGUCACGGCUCACCGAACACACAGAGCAAUUCGGGUUUGACUGGGGAAUGUUGGAGCAAUCUGAAACUGAGCGGAGGUCGUGUGCUGAGAGCUUCUUGGACCUGUAUGGGACGCUGUAUUGGGGUACGAAGCGGAAUAGAGAGAGGUUCCUUAUGGAGGAUUCUCGAGCGGAUCCGACUUCUCUUUGUCUCUACCCGGAGAGGAAGAAAGAGAUAGUGCGUGUGAUUGUGAUGCUGCUACAGAAGAAGGCUCGAAGCGCCCUCAAGGCUAAUAUGACUCCUCAAACCCCAUGCGAUGCGCCUGCCAAAACGCUGUCUUCCUCGAGCCUCGUUCCUACAAAUGGACUGGCAGGAAGUUUAUCGUCCAGGAUUGGCGAAAGCAAUGGCCGUCUAGGGAAAAGGAGAGCCCCUGAUGAUCUUGAAGCUUCGCCCACACGACUCAGAAGUGCAGAUACCAGGGCCAUUAGGCCGUUCAGCUCAAUCAAUGACACCGCCGAUAGCAUCAUGAGAACACAGAACCCGGCCAGCCUGAAUGAGGCACCAAGAAACAUAAACCAUUCUGACUACUCUGGAUCCCCGAAAACGAACUCGUUGAUAACCAACCACUCAAGAUUCACUGCAACAGGCAAUUUAGACACAGCGCGGAUGUCCGAAGACGCACUACAGCAGCAGACGAAGUUCCUGGUAUCUGCCUCAAACCAGCCGGACAUGGCGCCUGUUUGGGUCCCUUUCCAGAUUUUUCAAUCCGCAGCAUCCUUCCUAGCACGCAUGGCGGAGGAAUGCAACAUCCACGAAUGGGAUCCUAGCGCUCAACUGAACAAGGAGAUCUCAAAGUGGGACAGCAGUCCUCCACCACAAGCCGUUGUAGCGGCGUCGGUUAAGUUCGACUGGUCAGAGUUCUUUAUACGGAUACGCCAGGGUAGGGACGAGGACUUAGAACUAGUCAUGCGGGAACUUCGGACAGCAUGGAGAGUCAAAAGUGAAGAGCAGAGUCAGGGUGGAACGCAGCGAUUCCACAUCGCUGUGAUGCUACAUGUUGUCCCCUGA